AUGCGUGCUGUUCGUUAUUACGGGCCCCAAGACAUCCGCCUGGAGGUCAAUCUCCCCGAGCCGGAAUGUCUUCCCCACCAGGUCAAAGUCCGACCACACUUUUGCGGGCUUUGCGGCUCAGACCUGAACGCGUACAAAUCACCUCGAGCCAUCCCGCUCAAAGACACACCCCACCCGAUCACCAAUGAGAAGUGGCCAGUCACACUAGGCCACGAGUUCUCUGGGGAGGUUGUCGAGAUCGGCUCGGAAGUGCGCGGUGGGCUUGAGCCGGGCGACAGGGUUGCCGUACAACCUACAAUCUGCUGCGGUCACUGCGUCCCGUGUCGGAGCGGCUCGACAAACUUGUGUGACUCCUUCGGCUUUGUAGGUUUGACGGGCUGGGGCGGGGGGCUAUCAGACUUGGUGAGCGUCGACGCCAGGUUUGUUUUCAAACUGCCCAACUCGUUCCCGUCGGAUAUAGGAGCUUUGGUCGAGCCAUUGGCCGUCGCUUGGCAUGCGAUUGAACAGAGUGGCAUCAAGUCGGGUGACAAUGUUCUUGUCAUGGGCGCAGGUCCAAUCGGGUUGGCCGUCAUACAAUGCUUACAAGCCUUUCAGCCAAAACAAGUCAUUGUUGUCGAAGUCGCCCGCAAUCGCAAGGAGGUUGCGCGUCGGCUCGGGGUUACGGCCAUUAUUGACCCCAACGAAGAGGAUGUAGUCACCAAGGCUAGGCUCCUGUGCGACACCCAAGGUCCUGAUGUUGCUUUCAACUGCGCCAGUGUGCCUUCAAGCAUCAAGGCCGCAUGCGAGGCCGUACGCAAAAAGGGAACAAUCGUCAAUGUCGCUGUCUGGGACAGUGACAUUCCGAUUAAUCUGAACACUUUAAUGUUUGGAGAGAAGAAGCUCUUUUCAGCUCUGAGCUAUACUACGACAGACUUUGAAAAUGUGAUCAAGUUAUUUGAAAAUAAUGGACUACCCAAAGUCGGAGAGAUGAUUACCCGUAAAAUCACCAUGGAUCGAGUGGUUGAAGAUGGUAUCUUGGCGCUCAUCCAUGAGACGGAUAAACACGUCAAGAUACUUAUCGAUGUCACCGCGUGA